GUCUUAUCCAAAUCCGUUUUAUAGUAUUAGAAAUAAUGCUGGACGAGUGUACGUUUGGAACUUAAAUCUUAAUUUAUUUAACAUAUUUAAAUAUGAAACACAGUGACAAUACAGUGAAAGAAAUAUCAUUAUGAAAGGCGAAAUCAAUAUUUCCAUUGUAUCGCCUUAUGUAUUGCCUGCAAGGUCGCGCGCAAGCAGUCGCGCGAUGGAGCGUUACGAAAAGCUCGCAAAACUCGGCGAAGGUUCCUACGGCCUCGUGUAUAAGUGUCGCAAUAGAGACACUGGCGAGAUAGUAGCAAUCAAGAAGUUCGUCGAGAACGAAGAUGAUCCUCUCAUACGCAAAAUCGCUCUCAGGGAAAUACGCAUGCUAAAGAAUUUAAAACAUCCGAAUUUGGUGAAUCUAAUUGAAGUUUUUCGUCGUAAACGCAAAUUGCACCUCGUAUUCGAAUACUGUGACCACACCGUGCUUCACGAGCUAGAGAAAUAUCCUGCUGGUUGUCCAGAAUUGCUUUCAAAGCAAAUAAUCUGGCAGACGCUCCAGGGGGUGGCGUACUGCCACCGGCACAACUGCAUCCACCGUGACGUUAAGCCUGAGAACAUUCUCCUCACCAGUGAAGGCGUCGUCAAACUCUGCGACUUCGGCUUCGCGAGGAUGAUCAGCCCCGGCGAGAGCUACACGGACUACGUGGCGACGCGCUGGUACCGCGCGCCUGAGUUGCUGGUCGGGGACACCAUGUACAGCACUCCUGUGGACGUGUGGGCGAUCGGCUGUGUGUUUGCGGAAUUGUUAUCAAGUGAAGCUUUGUGGCCGGGAAAAAGUGACCUCGACCAGCUGUAUCUUAUCAGAAAAACUCUGGGUGAUCUUCUUCCAAGACAUAUGACAAUAUUCUCGCAGAAUACGUUCUUUCAGGGUAUGGCACUACCAGAACCAAACUCACUGGAGCCCCUAGAGAAAAAGAUUCCGCAACGGUACGCUAAUAACGAACUGGUGGUAGACUUUCUAAAGAAAUGCUUGGACAAGGAUCCCAUGAUGCGAUGGACUUGCGAACAGCUGCUUCGGCAUCCUAUAUUCGAGAACUUUCUCUUCACAGUGCCGCAUUCCGACCACGACGACUUCGAGAAGACGAGAAGGGCACAGGUGCAAUCAUCCCCAAUGCUGCCACAGCUGAUAGUGACGGAGCGGUCACAGCCUAAAAAGAAGUCCGAGAUCGAGUCGCGCGGCCACCUGCCGACGAUAUGACUAGCGCCACCCGCGAGACAGCGGAUUUAAUAUUAAAUAUUUAUUCUAUUAAAUAAAGUGUUUUUCAUUGUCAAUUUUAUUUAAUUAAAUGACGAUUACAAUAAUAUCACUAUUUUUAUAAAAUGUCUAGGUGUCGACGGGUUUGAUUCGCGCGUGUAUUGUUUCAAUGAA